AUGGCGUGCAUCCUGGCAGAGUUCGAUUGUGGGCACAAAGGUGCAGUGCUGGACACCCAGUUGGAUGACCUGUGCCUGAGAUUAGCCACCGCGUCAUCAGAUGGUUUGGUGAAGCUUUGGAAGGUAGACAAGCCGGAGGAGCCCACUUUCAUUUGUGACCUGGCCGCCCACUCUGGAGCCGUCCAUCAGGUCUCCUGGGCUCCUGCUGGAACGGGUGCAGGUUCACUGCUUGUGUCAGUUGGCGCCGAUGGACAUGUGUUCCUUUGGGGGCCCUGCCACGACAUGCAGAGGUGGCAGGUGGUUCAUGAGGAGGACCUUAGCAGACAUGGUGAGGUCACAGCGGUGUCUUGGGCCCCACCCACAAUGGGUACAGCGGCCUAUGCUUGUGCCCUGUCCGAUGGCACCAUCUCCGUGACCAUCCACCAGGGAACUCUCCGAUCAGGUGAUACAGGCGUCCAACACCGAUGGCAGUCUGAGAACUUUGCGGUCCAUAAGGGCAAGGCAAAUGCCGUGUCUUGGUCUUCAGCCGUGGAUCCUCACAAGAAAGGCGAGGUGGUGGGAGCCUGUCUCGCCACCGCAGGUGAGGAUGGCGUGCGAGUGUGGCACAUCCUCGAGGUGCACGGCCGAUUCCGGGAAGAGGAGCUGCCGCGACCUGGGCCGGAGGAGCCUAUCCGCGACGUCGCCUGGAAGCCCUGGGAUGGACUUGGCGACGUGCUGGCGUUCGCUCAGGGCAAGCACGUGGGCUUUCUGCGCCGUGAGUCUGACGGCCCUGGGUGGUCUUUGGACGCGCCCGUCAAGCUGGACGAGGAGGUCUGGAAGUUAGAAUGGCAGCCUAUGGGAAGCCAGCUGAUCGUUACAUGCGGCGAGAAGGAGUAUCGCAGCUUGCUCUUAAAGCAGCAGCUGUGCGGCAAGUGGGAUGUCAUU